AUGGCGGUUCGAGCACAAUUCGAGAACUCGAAUGAGGUGGGUGUUUUCUCCACGCUUACGAAUUCGUAUGCGCUGGUUGCGGUGGGAGCGAGUGAGAAUUUCUAUAGUGUCUUCGAGGCCGAACUCCAGGAUGUCAUUCCCAUCUGCCAUGUUACGAUUGCGGGUACGAGGAUUAUUGGUCGUUUGACUGCUGGUAAUCGUAAGGGUCUAUUGGUACCUACUUCCACGACGGAUCAGGAAUUGCAACAUCUGAGGAAUAGUUUGCCGGAUGAGGUCAAGAUACAGAGAAUAGAAGAGCGCCUCUCCGCCCUCGGCAACGUAAUCGUCUGCAACGACCACGUCGCCCUCGUCCACCCCGACAUCGAGCGCGAAACCGAAGAAAUAAUCGCCGACGUCCUCGGCGUCGACGUCUUCCGCCAAACCAUCGCAGACAACGUCCUCGUCGGCUCCUACAUGGCUCUCUCCAACCAAGGCGGCAUCGUCCACCCCAAAACCUCCAUCCUGGACCAAGACGAGCUGUCGUCCCUCCUGCAGGUUCCCCUUGUGGCGGGUAGUGUCAAUCGUGGUAGUUCGGUCGUGGGCGCCGGCAUGGUUGUGAAUGAUUGGCUUGCUGUCACGGGGCUGGAUACUACGGCGACGGAGCUGAGUGUUGUGGAGAGUGUGUUUAGGUUAGGGGAGGGGCAGGGUCCGGGAAAUAUCAAUACGAGUCUGAAGGAUACGAUGGUGGAGUCGUUUUAUUGA